AUGGCUCUGGCACUGAAUUCACUUUGGCCACUUGUUCGCAUUACCGGCGUUAUAUCCCCACUUUGUCUUAUUGCAUACUUUUGUCUUCGGGUAUACUUCAUUGCCAGCAGACAUACACAAAGCGAGCCCGGUUUGGGUCUAGCGUGGUUUUUUCUCAUUGUCGAAUUGUUCCAAUACAUACCGACCAUUCUCCUCUAUUGCAACCGCAUACUAGUGUCUCAGCAUCCGCAGCGAAGCAAACUUUACUUUGAAGGGGACAGUACCCCAGUAGUAUCUGUACUAAUAACAGCGUGUGGAGAGGACCUCGGUACCAUUCUCAACGUAGUGAAAGCUGCAUGUGAGACAGACUGGCCUGCCAGCUGUCUAAACGUCAUCUUGUGCGACGAUGGCCAAUCUCAAGAGUUGAAAAAUGAGAUGGCGCGUGUGCGAAAAAGAUAUUCAUUCGCAUAUUACACUAGCAGGGAAUCAUCACAGGGUUAUAAAGCAGGAAAUUUGAAUCAUGGACUGCAGUACAGUGGAAACCUUGGGGUUCCAGCUUCGGAGUUCGUUGCUGGUCUGGACGUCGACAUGAUAGUGAAGCCAGGAUGGCUUCGAGCAUUGAUGCCGCAUAUACUUUCUGACCCUAAAAUGGGCAUGGUAUGCCCUCCACAGUACUUCUGGAACAUACCGAGGAACGAUACCCUGCGGCAGGAUCUAGAUUACUUCUACGCCGUAACGGAGCUUGUUCACGAGGGACUUGGUGCAGCAGACUGUGUAGGCUCCGGAUACCUAGCACGUAGGGAAGCAUUGGAAAAAAUUUGCGGAUUCCCUAUAUUCUCAAUUAGUGAGGAUACUGCAUGUAGCUCUUUGCUGCUAGGAAAAGGGUGGUCCGUAGCGUAUGUUGAUGAGGUCCUACAGUGCGGGGAGAUGCCUGAGACAUUGGGUGGGCAUAUCAAGCAGCGAACACGAUGGACCAUUGGCAAUAUUCAAACCGCAUUCAAGAUCAAUUUCCGCCUCUGGGGCCAAAGAGUCGAACAUUGCACUGCGCGUCAACGCCUCGCCGGAUUUGUCUUUGGCGCAGGCUCUCUUGUUAAUAGCGCCCUAACAUGGUUGGGUUUCAUCGGCAGCCCCCUCGCCCUGCUAGCCGGGUACCCUUUCGUCGUUUACAAUGAGCGCUGGCAACUAGUUUGGCUCUUACGGCUUGUUGGCUUUUGGAUAUUUUCUGAUACAGCGCACAAAGCGAGCAUGGCCCUGUUUGUUGGUUACAGAGAUGCUAUGCGCUGGGACCAAGCGGAUGUUUGGCUUGUACCGUAUUACACGCUCGCGUUUCUGCGAGGCUUCAUUCUGCCGUCCUGGUUAGGUGGGACGAAGCCUGGUUUUGUGCCUAGUGGAAGUCUGGCUGCGAAAAUCGAAGAUCGGCACCCUAAUGCCCCGAGCCUCAUGGUACGUGUCCAUGCACUGAUAUUGCAUCAGAAGGUUUGGAUGCAUGUGCUCUACAUUAUAGCUUGUAUCCUCGGUUUCUCGCUCAAUCUUGUCCGCGGCCUUGAUCGAAAUGUUCACAUUGGUACGGCUUAUUCGACAGACCCAGUAUCAUCUCAUCGCAGUCCGUGGGUGUUUCUGCUGACAACGAUUGGUUGGCCUCCAAUGUGGUGGCUGGGGCAGCUGGUAAGCUGCUGGAUUCCAGUGAGCUAUGUUUUGUGGCCGCCUGUACAAGUUACUGCAGAAGAAGCAUUGGAGAAAGGCAAUGAGCACGGCAUAAGAUACCCAAAAGAAGAAUAUUCACGCCCUAGGAGGACUGUAUAUGGGCGAUUAAGUGACCAUUUCACCAUGGUUAUACUUUUGUACACAAUGGUGGCGUUUGCUGGGUCUUUCUACCUAUAG